AUGACUCCUCAAGAUAAUUUAGCAGCCGUUUUAUACGGCAUAGAAGAUCUACGUCUAGAACGAAGACCAACACCAAUUCCCCAAGAUCAUCAAGUUCUCUUAAAAAUAGCAACUGUAGGAAUAUGUGGAUCAGACGUCCACUUCUUGGUAAACGGAAGAAUCGGCUCCUACGUGCUUGAGAAACCCAUGAUAAUAGGUCACGAGGCCUCCGGAACCGUCCUCGAAGUUGGCAAAAACGUCACAAAUUUGAAACCCGGUGACCGCGUCGCAAUUGAGCCGGGCGUUGGUUGUCGCACUUGUUCUUUCUGCAAAAAGGGCAAAUACCACCUUUGUAGUGACAUGAUUUUCUGCGCCUCACCCCCUUACGACGGAAAUCUCUGCAGAUAUUACGUCCACGAUGCAGAUUUUUGCUUCAAGUUGCCAGACAAUGUUAGCCUUGAGGAAGGCACCUUGAUCGAGCCCUUAGCGGUUGGGGUUCACGCUUGCAAACGUGCGAAGGUACGUUUUGGAGAUGUGGUGUUGAUUUUGGGGGCUGGACCAAUCGGGUUGGUUACGCUUCUCGCUGCUAAAGCAAUGGGGGCUACUAAAACCAUAAUAACAGACCUAGUGGGUGGACGACUCGACAAAGCUAAAGAAUUAGGGGUAGAUUACACCCUCAAGAUUGAAAAAAAUAUGACGGAAGUUGAAAUUGUGUCAAAAAUUGAAGAGCUUUUGCAAGAAGCGCCUGACGUCAGUUUGGAGUGUACUGGAGUUGAACAGUGCGUUCGAGUGGCUCUUGAAGCUACCAAAACCGGAGGGGUGGUCACUCUAGUGGGGUUAGGCAAAUUUGAGCUGACGUUACCCCUAGAAAAUGCUAUUCUACGCGAAGUCGAUAUCAGAGGAGUUUUCCGAUACAACAACGAUUAUCCUGCCGCUAUUGAGAUGGUGAAGACCGGGAAAGUGGACCUCAAGCCUUUGAUAACGUACCACUUCAGAAUCGAAGAUUCGGGGAAAGCUUUCCACAUGGCGAAGACUGGAGAAGGCAACCCGAUAAAAAUUCUGAUUCAUCCAAACCCCGAUGAUUAUUAUUAAAG